AUGCUGCCGGCACCUACAGUACAGAAACAGGAUUUGCCAGCAUCGCCAUUGCCAGUCUCUUAUCUUGGAAUUAACAAUGGAAGUAUUCCCUCCCUUGCCACGAGCAACGUCAACCCAUGGAUCACGCCAGACCCUCAAUGCCAGGAUGUAUUCAACUACGGUGUGAUGCCAGAAGAUGCCAACAACCCAGCAUUUGAUGUGUUUAGACCCGAUGGGGAUGCCCUUUUCGACACCGUGACCUCGCCAAAUACCUUCCUGGCACCUGCCACGCCCUCCUGGACUGGACAAUCACCUUGGACGGUUGGUCAUAACGCGGCAGGCAUAUCCGGAGCACCAGAACUGUCCUCUGCCGACUUUCUGUCGCCCACCCUCAGUUGUGACUUCGAUCUAUUCGAGCUGGGGACUGACUGUAUCGCUCCCGAGCAAAUCAGCAUCAACACCGCGUUGUCAUCAUACCCACCUCCCCCUGACGGGACGAUACUCAUGACAGGACCGCCAGAACUCUCGAUGAAUCCUCUUUUCCCAACCAAUAACCCCUAUCUGCGAACCGGGCCUCUGAUGGAGGAAACACACUCGUAUGUUGACCUAGAAAGAUGCCGGUCGUUAGGCCUGUGGGACACAGAAGCACAGGGAAGAGCCGUACGCAGCUCCUCGGCAACGUCCACUGGCAAGAGGCCACUCCUGACAAGAAAUGCUAUCAGAGACACCUCCAAAGACGAGUACUUGGUGCGGUGCAAAGAACAAGGAAUGUCAUACAAGCAGAUCAAAGAGUCUGGCGGUUUCGACGAGGCUGAAUCGACUCUGCGUGGUCGUUACAGAGCCUUGACGAAGCCGAGGGAAGCGAGAUUGAGGAAGCCGGAAUGGGGCCCGCGAGAGGUUGAUUUACUUCUUGAGGGCGUUGCUCAUUGCUCCAAGUCGACCACGGGUAACCCACUUUUGGAGUUCGGUUCCGAUGCCGUGGCCAUAGGCCAGUUUGCGAAUAAGGUACCUUGGAAGCAGGUUGCCGAGUACAUGGAGAGUAAAGGGUCCUACAGAUACGGCAAUGCAACCGUCAAGAAAAAAUACCUUGAAGUCAUCAAAGGACGUUCUAUUUCGUUCUAA